GGUACCACACCGCUGUUAUCCUCCCGCCUCCCGUCACAGCGGACAGCUCUGCUUGCUUAGGAUGCAAUGGCGUAACGUACCGAGAACUUGCUCUUUUUUAAUGGACAUUCUGAGCGCACCUUUUGCCGAAAACCGUUAACUCCAUCGAGAGAAAGGCUUGUGCAGGCGCUCAGAUUCGCGUCGCAUCCUCGGAAACUUCAGUGGAGCGCGGCUACAGUACCACCGCGUCUGGGCAAUUGGCACUUAGCAUGGCCAGUGACAACGAAGGCGACUUUUUCUAUUACUUUGCUUACGGAAGCAACCUGCUGAAGGAGAGACUUCUCAUGGCGAACCCGUCGGCGAGAUUUCACUGCCGAGGAAGAUUAAAGGGUUACAGUCUGAAGUUUGGAAGUUCUCAAGGUAUCCCUAACAAAACAUGGCAUGGAGGCUCUGCUACAAUUAGAGAAGCGCCGGGAGAUGAAGUGUGGGGCGUUGUUUGGAAAAUGAGCACCAGUGAUCUGCAGUCACUAGACCGGCAAGAAUGCAGUUAUUCACCACUUCUUGCCAACGUGGAAACUGAAAAUGGUGAACUCCCUUGUCGCACUUAUCAGAUGAACAACUGUGCUGACAAAUGUCCUUCUCCUCAAUAUAAAUACGUCAUCGUUUUAGGAGCCAAACAGAAUGGUCUUCCCGAGUAUUAUAUAAAAAGACUCGAAGCAGUUGAAGUAAAUGACAACAAAGAGCCCACAAUACUAGAAGACAUACCCAUUGGGGUUUGUUAGCAGUCCUGUACCGUCUGAUGCCUUGGGUAUCUUGGGUGCUUUAGUGAUCAUAUUUAAGGAGUUGGCAUUGAGUAGUUUCAUUUUUUUUAGUUAGAAAAUUGAUUGUCUUAAAGAUUGCAGAACUGCAGAUUCCUAUUUAUAUUCACAGUAGGUUUACUCCAAAUCAGAUGAUCAGAUUUCAUAGUCCCAGUCAUGCGAGUGGGACACUCAGUCCUUGGCAGAGUUUCACAGCACGUCCUGACAGCUACAACAUUUAUUUCUAUAGCACGUUGUCAUACAAAGAAUGUAACUCAGUGUUUCACAAGGUAUAAAAAAAUAAGAACAGGAAUGAAUAAACAGCAUACCAAAAUUAGUAAAUAAGAAUAAAUCAAUAUGCACUUACAUUACACAGAUGCAAGUCAUAGAUCAAGUCCUUAGAUUUGUUUUCAAGCCUCUAAUGGUGGUCCUCUAGUAGGUUUAGAGGGCUGCGGAGGACAGAAAAAUAUUUAAAAAAAAAAAAAAGAAUAAUAAUAAUCCAGGGGUGCAAUGUUAGAGAGAAAAAAGGCAGAAUCUGCAGGGGUUCAAAGACCCCCACGAACACCUGUCAGAAGUCAGGUUGUAACGAGGAGGACACUCGACGUCUAACCGCGCACUGGCCUGUCCAGUCUCCACGUCCCUGAGCAGGACCCCCACUGUAAAAUAUGCUAAUAUUAAUAAGAACUGAUAUCUGCUCCGUAUCGGGACCUUUUUUCCCAAGUCUGUUAGAGUAAAUGAGUUGGCCACAUCCAGUUUAAUGAUAAUGGACUACACCCCAGAUGGGAAUCCAUGUUUAUGCUGGAGGAUUUAACUUCCUCUGGCGGUCCAAAGACUGGAAUCUCAUCCUUGUAAGGCUCACUGCACGUAACCCGAUGAUGAUGAUGAUGAUGUGACUUCCCAGCCAGCGCUGGCUCCUCUCCUGUCUCCGUUGCUGCAGGGUCCAACUCCCCGAUACUGAACGCUGAUGGAGGUGUAAUAUUACGUAUGCGCCGUCCACAGACGCUCACAAAUGUCAACUUGGCAGCUGCAGGAUGCUCAGCAGAGCGUAACCACCAUUCAUCUUUAGAGUGUAACGCACAAGUAGACUGCACAGCUCAAGCUGAACAAGUACAUGCACUUUUAUUAUUUAAUCAGAUUAAAUGGGUGGAUAGAUUAGUCUGGUCUGAGAAAUGACAAUACUGAAUACAGAAGAUAACAAUAAACACACAAAGUG